CUUCACACAGAGUAUGAUUUCUUCCAUUGUGAACAGCACUUACUAUGCAAAUGUCUCAGCAGCAAAAUGUCAAGAAUUUGGAAGGUGGUACAAACAUUUCAAGAAGACAAAAGAUAUGAUGGUUGAAAUGGACAGUCUUUCCGAGCUGUCCCAGCAAGGCGCCAACCACGUCAGCUUCGGCCAGCAGCCGGUUCCGGGGAACACCGCGGAGCAGCCUCCGUCGCCCGCGCAGCUGUCCCACGGCGGCCAGCCCUCCGUCCGGACCCCUCUUCCGAACCUGCACCCUGGGCUCGUGUCGACGCCUAUCAGUCCCCAGCUGGUCAACCAGCAGCUGGUGAUGGCUCAGCUGCUGAACCAGCAGUAUGCGGUGAAUAGACUUCUAGCCCAGCAGUCCCUAAACCAACAGUAUCUGAACCACCCGCCCCCCGUCAGUCGAUCUAUGAAUAAGCCUCUGGAACAGCAGGUGUCCACCAACACAGAGGUGUCUUCCGAAAUCUACCAGUGGGUACGUGAUGAACUGAAACGAGCAGGAAUCUCCCAGGCAGUGUUUGCACGUGUGGCUUUUAACAGAACUCAGGGCUUGCUUUCAGAAAUCCUCCGGAAGGAAGAGGACCCCAAGACUGCUUCCCAGUCUCUGCUGGUAAACCUCCGGGCUAUGCAGAAUUUCUUGCAGUUGCCGGAAGCUGAAAGAGACCGGAUCUACCAGGACGAGAGGGAGAGGAGUUUGAACGCUGCCUCGGCCAUGGGGCCGGCUCCCCUGAUCAGCACACCCCCCAGCCGCCCGCCCCAGGUGAAAACAGCUACGAUCGCCACUGAGAGGAAUGGGAAACCAGAGAACAAUACCAUGAACAUUAAUGCUUCCAUUUAUGACGAGAUUCAGCAGGAAAUGAAGCGCGCUAAAGUGUCCCAGGCACUGUUUGCAAAGGUCGCAGCAACCAAAAGCCAGGGGUGGUUGUGCGAGCUGUUACGCUGGAAAGAAGAUCCUUCUCCGGAAAACAGGACCCUGUGGGAGAACCUGUCCAUGAUCCGAAGGUUCCUCAGCCUUCCCCAGCCCGAGCGCGAUGCCAUCUACGAGCAGGAGAGCAACGCGGUGCAUCACCAUGGCGACCGGCCGCCCCACAUCAUCCACGUGCCUGCAGAACAGAUUCAGGUUCGUUUACCUUGGCCGAUCCGGUGCAGCCACGAGUAAACAGAGCUUUAAACGUAGCAGGGAGACGAGCGCAUCCCUCCUCCCUGCCAAAGGACCCCCCAGCCACAGCGUGACCCACGACCACCGCCUCGCUGUCCCCCGGUGGCCUCCCCGGCGGAGUCGGACGAGGAGAGCCGGCAGAAGGCCCGGCCGCGGACGAAGAUCUCCGUGGAGGCCCUGGGCAUCCUGCAGAGCUUCAUCCAGGACGUGGGCCUGUACCCGGACGAGGAGGCCAUCCAGACUCUGUCGGCGCAGCUGGACCUGCCCAAGCACACCAUCAUCAAGUUCUUCCAGAACCAGCGGUACCAUCUCAAGCACCACGGCAAGCUGAAGGACAACUCCGGCCUCGAGGUGGACGUGGCGGAGUACAAGGAGGAGGAGCUGCUGAAGGAUCUGGAGGAGGGCGCGCAGGACAAGGGCGCCGGCGGCCUCUUCUCCGUGAAGCUGGAGGAGGAGCUGGCGGGCCAGGGCGACACGGACCUCGGCGCCGACCUCCGGGACUGA